CAGGGUUAUUCCUGACAGGCGCUGCGCUGUCUGUGUGACGUACGGCAAUGUAAGGAUAGCGUGUGUGCGCUGUUAGCUUAGAGCUCAUGUCAGGCUUUGCCAUGGGGGAGAGUGUGGAGAGCAGCAGCCGGGGGCGGACUCGCGGUUACCUGGACAGCCUGGCAGUGGUGAAGCAGGGGGCAGAGGCUCGGGUGUACAGGGGGCAGUUUCUGGGCAGGGCGGCCGUGGUUAAGGAGAGGUUCCCUAAGACAUACAGACACCCAGCCCUGGAUGAGAAGCUGACCCACAGGCGGACAGCACAGGAGGUGCGCUCUAUACUGAGGUGCAGGAAGGCAGGUGAGCUGGGCUUCAUGAUAAACCAUAACCGCCUGACAGGGCACCCAUUAACCCCUGUCUCAGGGUACAGUAUAUACAGGGCUCUCAUUAACCCCUGUCUCAGGGUACAGUAUACACAUGGCUCCCAUUAACCCCAAUCUCAGGGUACAGUAUACACAUGGCUCCCAUUAACCCCCUGUCUCAGGGUACAGUAUACACAUGGCUCCCAUUAACCCCCUGUCUCAGGGUACAGUAUACACAUGGCUCCCAUUAACCCCCUGUCUCGGGGUACAGUAUACACAUGGCUCCCAUUAACCCCCUGUCUCGGGGUACAGUAUACCCAUGGCUCCCAUUAACCCCUAUCUCAGGGUACAGUAUACCCAUGGCUCCCAUUAACCCCUGUCUCAGGGUACAGUAUACACACGGCUCCCAUUAACCCCUGUCUCAGGGUACAGUAUACACAGGGCUCCCAUUAACCCCUAUCUCAGGGUACAGUAUACCCAUGGCUCCCAUUAACCCCUGUCUCGGGGUACAGUAUACACAGGGCUCCCAUUAACCCCUGUCUCGGGGUACAGUAUACACACGGCUCCCAUUAACCCCUGUCUCAGGGUACAGUAUACACACGGCUCCCAUUAACCCCUGUCUCAGGGUACAGUAUACACACGGCUCCCAUUAACCCCUGUCUCAGGGUACAGUAUACACACGGCUCCCAUUAACCCCUGUCUCAGGGUACAGUAUACACACGGCUCCCAUUAACCCCUGUCUCAGGGUACAGUAUACACACGGCUCCCAUUAACCCCUGUCUCAGGGUACAGUAUACACACGGCUCCCAUUAACCCCUGUCUCAGGGUACAGUAUACACACGGCUCCCAUUAACCCCUGUCUCAGGGUACAGUAUACACACGGCUCCCAUUAACCCCUGUCUCAGGGUACAGUAUACACACGGCUCCCAUUAACCCCUGUCUCAGGGUACAGUAUACACACGGCUCCCAUUAACCCCUGUCUCAGGGUACAGUAUACACACGGCUCCCAUUAACCCCUGUCUCAGGGUACAGUAUACACACGGCUCCCAUUAACCCCUGUCUCAGGGUACAGUAUACACACGGCUCCCAUUAACCCCUGUCUCAGGGUACAGUAUACACACGGCUCCCAUUAACCCCUGUCUCAGGGUACAGUAUACACACGGCUCCCAUUAACCCCUGUCUCAGGGUACAGUAUACACACGGCUCCCCUUAACCCCUGUCUCAGGGUACAGUAUACACACGGCUCCCCUUAACCCCUGUCUCAGGGUACAGUAUACACAGGGCUCCCAUUAACCCCUGUCUCAGGGUACAGUAUACACAGGGCUCCCAUUAACCCCUGUCUCAGGGUACAGUAUACACAUGGCUCCCAUUAAUCCCUGUCUCAGGGUACAGUAUACACAUGGCUCCCAUUAACCCCUGUCUCAGGAUACAGUAUACACACGGCUCCCAUUAACCCCUGUCUCAGGGUACAGUAUACACACGGCUCCCAUUAACCCCUGUCUCAGGGUACAGUAUACACAGGGCUCCCAUUAACCCCUGUCUCAGGGUACAGUAUACACACGGUUCCCAUUAACCCCUGUCUCAGGGUACAGAGUACACAUGGCUCCCAUUAACCCCUGUCUUAGGGUACAGUAUACACAGAGAUUGACAGUGUACUAUAAUCCCAUGGUUACAAUUUAACAAGAGGGCUUAAAGGUACAUUAUAGGCACCCACACCACUUCAGCUCAUUGAAGCAGUCUAGGUGCAGUGUCCCAGGACCCUUAACCCUGCAAUGGUAAUUAUUGCAGUUAUUGAGAAACUGCAAUAAUUACUAUAUUUGGUUAACGCCACCUCUACCAGACAGCCACUAGAGGGACUUUUGGUUGCCUAACUGACGCUGGACAUCCUCACGCUACGCACGAGGACAUCCAGCGUCACCCAAAACCUCAUAGGAAAGCAUUAUACAGUGCUUUCCUGUGGGGGAAAUAUUAAUGCGAGUGCGGCCAUCACCAAAAGUGUGCUUCAGGUCAGCCAGCAGGGGAGAAUCGGAGGCAGAGCCUCAACUAGCUCAUAUGGACAUUGGCGCCGGAAUCAAGUAAGUUGCAGAAGUGGGGGGGAGGGGGGAUUUAACCCCUUCUGCACCACAAGGAGGGAGGGACCGCAAUGGAGGUGUGCACUAUAGGGAAUUAUAGUGCCAGCAAAACAACUUUGUUUUCCUGGCACUACAGUUUCCCUUUAAAUGGUUUCUUCAAUCCUUUAUUAUUUAAGAUAGAAUAUUGCACUAGAACAUUAUUCUAUCAGCCACCACAAAAACACUCAAAGAGCAUUUUUAAAAGAAGAGUUACUUGCCUUAAAGGGACACUAUAGUCACCCAGACCACUUCAUCUCAUUAAAGUGGUCUGUGUGCAGUGUCCCUGUCCACCUUAGUCCCACAAUGUAAUUAUUGCAGUGCAGUUUCUCAAAAACUGCAAUGGUUUACAUUGCAUGACUAAGACUUCCUCUAGUGGCUGUCAAUCAGACAGCUGCUAGUAGCCCUUCCUGGUUGCUGAUGGACUUUCUCCUGCCCUGAUGACGUAAGAGGCGUCAGAGAGCCCACCCAGUGCUGAGCGACAUCGAAUCUAAGUGACUAAAGUUUUUUUUUAACCCAUUAGUUGCCAGAGGGGGCACCAGAGGCCUCUAUAGUGUUAAGAAUACUGAUUUGUUUAAGCAGAAACCAUGCACAUCCAUACUGCUACCACCAUGACCAUGUUCAAAAAGCAGAAGUGGUCAUGGUGGUCGGAAUAACCCUUUAAUGACCAUUGCAUUGCAUGUUGGCUUUCUUUAAUCACAUUGUAGCACUAUAACGAUUGAACACCUUGUCAGUGGGCAUAUCUCCCAAAAAUGGAUUGUCGCAGAGAACGGCUCUGUAAAUUAUUGCUUCUAAGGAUGAAGAUAAUAAAUUACAGGUUAUUUAAAGUCUACCUGUGGUAGAACAAGCUACUUUGUUUUAGAAAAUAGAGGUGGAAAUUAAAAAAAAAAUAAAAAAAAGUAAUUUUUUUUUUCUUUUACAUAAUUUGCGUAUGGUGCACUUUCAUAUGAACAAGUAGAUAUAUGACCAACUUAUCUCAUUUUUUUUUUUUUUUUAUUAAGGCAUUUCCGCUCCUGUGGUCUAUUUUGUUGACUAUGUUUCCAACUGCAUUUACCUUGAAGAUAUUGAGCAAUCCACCACGGUCCGUGACUAUAUCAUGAGUACGCAGCAGACCGAAAAAGCCGACGGCAAACUGUCUGAUUUGGCAGAGAAGAUAGGCCAGUUAUUGGCACGAAUGCAUGAUGAAGAUGUAAUUCAUGGAGAUCUUACGACCUCAAACAUGCUCUUACGCUCCCCGUUUGAUGAACUGAACCUAGUGAUGAUUGAUUUUGGUCUGAGUUUUAUCUCCGCACUUCCAGAGGACAAAGGAGUUGACCUGUAUGUUCUUGAAAAAGCAUUUCUCAGCACUCAUCCCAAUACUGAAAACAUUUUCAAGGCUUUGCUCAAAAGUUACACUUCAACAUCUAAGAAAUCAGGCCCAGUGAUUAAAAAACUUGACGAGGUCAGACUUAGAGGGAGAAAAAGAUCUAUGGUGGGAUAGUGGAUCUUUGAUGGAUUGUAUUUGUUUAUAUUAAAUCAGUAACAUGGAAAAAAUACUUUGUUUUAUAAUAAAAAUUUGUAAAACCACA